AACAUCAGAUGAUCUGGAUGCACCUACAGUCGAUCUACCUAAAUAUGUGUUGUAUGGGGAUGUAUUGAAAUUUGUCUGCGCUAGUGGCGCUGCUAACCCUGAUGCAAAGCUUACGAUUUUUAAAGAACGUAUGCCAAUAACGUCCACAACUGACACUACGCUUUACUACUCCAUCAGCAAUGCAACAAAGAGUGAUGCUGGUGAUUACUACUGUAACGCACGUAAUGAAGCAGGGAGCAAGAAUAGUGACAUAAAGAAACUUAUCGUCCACUAUGUCGAAUGCCCACAAAACGUUUUUAAUAAUCGUACUAGAGUUGUAGAGGGGAGUAAGCUGUCCAUUACGUGCCAAGUAUACGCUGAUCCAAUCCCGACAUACACCCUAUACAAAGACAACAUCACGAUUAAAAGUGAGAUUGGAGAUGUUAUGGAAUAUACCAUUGUCAAAGUGAGGCAAGAGGAUGCUGGUAAUUAUUACUGUAUGGCGACGAAUAUUGCAGGGACCGUGACAUGUAGAAAGGAAAGUCUGGUUGUUGAAUGUAGGUCUUCUUGA